AUGGAGGCCCAGCGGGAGCAAAUAUUUUCUGAAUUUAUUCAGCUGGGAGUGCGGAGUCGUGAGCCCUACAGAAUCCAAAAACGACAAAACAGACUCAACUAUGUGGAUGACCUUCCAGCCGACAGCCAAGAAUUGCUUCAGCGUGUGCGUCAGCCAGACAUUAGGCGCGAUAUCGUGAAUAAUCAGUUAAUUUUAUGGCUACGUACAUGCUAUGGACCAGAUUCGGAGCCAGCUUGGAAUACUUCCCAUGAUGAAGAGAUGAGCCGUUUAUUAGAGGAAGAUAUGAUUUGCAACGAUGAAUCGCUUUACAACUUUGGUCUAAAUUGGGAGAGGAUUUUUCUUCUCAGGCCAGAGAUUUUGGAAACCGGGCGCAACGUGCAGAAAUAUGAAGAGGAGACCCAAUCGGCUCUAAGUGAAGUAGUCGAGUCUGAGGCUAAUAGCUCCCAGGGAGCGGACGAUAGCCUUGACCCUGUUGAGGCUCUUGAUAUGGACCGUGACAUCUCAUUUAGUUACCACCGGAUGAGAUCUUUGAAUCGGAUCCACAUUGUGGAUGCAACAACUCUUGCUUCCGACGGCCCCGACGCAGGAAAGGUGCUGAUUGUGUUUUUCGAUGAAUUGGGUCAAACCGUUCGCUACGCCAGGGACGAACUGGAUGAAGCAGUGGAACAUACCGCGUUGACCAAUAUCUAUUUGGAGGAUCAUCUUUGUUGGGCUUAUGCUAAUAUUGGAGAGCUCUACCAAAGGGGCCACCCAUUGGGGCCACCAUAUAGCGAGAAUUUUGGGGGCGAUUCGUGA